UUGUAAUAUAUCUGUGAUAUUCCUGUGGUACUACUAUCAUAUUUCUGCAGUAAUACCUGGCUUUCCUGUAAUAGUCCUGUGGUCCUUUUGUAAUAUUUUUGUGGUAUUCCUGUAAUAAUUUUGCAGGGUUUUUUAUGGUAACACUUAAUUCGCUAUAUUACUGCAAGAAAACAGUAGUUUUUCUGUCAUAAACCUGUGGUAUUACUAGCAUACUUGUCAUAAUCUUAAAAAUGUUACAAAUACAAAAAUGUGACACACAAUACUACAUCUGCCAUAUUACAUUUCAACAUUUAUUCACCAUGUGUAACAACAUCAUCUGUGUACACUACAAAGUAGGGUAUAUGACACAAUAAAACAAUAUAAGGCACAAUUAAACAAAGCAUGAAAAUGCUAAUUCACAGUAUUCAAACAUUAACAUCUCACAAUUAAGCUUUCGCUCAUUUGUUGUGAACAGCCUCUCUCAGGGAUCCUGUGUCCACAUUAGGGAAAGCAUUGUCUCGCGUAGCCAGAGCUUCAGACUGACAGCUUAAAGGGGUGGUUUACUGCGAUUUCACUUUUUUCAUUUUAAAUAGUGUGUAAUGUUGCUGUUGGUGCAUGAACAGUAUCUGCAAAGUUGCUGUGCUGAAAGUUCAACGUAAGCGGAGAUAUGGUCUUUUAAAAAUCAGGAAGUUCAAUGCCUACAAAAACGACUCAUAUGGGACUACAACGAGAUACUUCCCGGGUUGCAUACGAAAUAAACCCAUCAACCCCUCCCUCCAGAACAUGCAAACAAGGGGGCAAGGCCAUGUAAUGCGGCUUUGUCGAAGAGGAUGAGUUAUAGUGGAGAGUUGUAGCUAUUUUCACCGGACGCUGUAGUUCGUCACAAUUGUUCCUGACAAUUACAAUCCUAAUUUAGCUCUCUGUGCUGCGCAUUUUACGGAAGACAGCUUCCAGAAUCUACACGAAUUCAAUGCCAGAUUCACACAGAAACUAUUACUAAAACAUGGAGCAGUUCCAACUUUAAAACCAGAGGCAGCAGUUGUAGAGCCACAACCUAGAGUGCGUGUCUCCCUCUCGCUGCUCGCUGCGCAUCACUCAAAAUGUCUGAGGACGACAGUGCAUGCGCAUUUCUCAUGCAUAAUGCACACACCUACUGACGACUCCAGGAAAAUGCAGACAUCAAUGAACGUGUGGAUGGCAGCGCUGAUUGUGGUUCUAAUGCAGUAAGUGUCAAUUCUGGAGGAGGUUAUAAUUGCACAUGUGCAGUUGGCUACAUUUCCAGUGAUGGAAGAGAGAUGUUUAAUCCAGGACAAGGAGUUCAGUGUAUUGACAGAGAUGAAUGCAGUGAUGAUCCCAGUGUUUGUGGAAAACAUACAACAUGUCAUAACACUGGUGGCGGUUACUACUGCAUCUGUGCUGCUGGAUUCAGAAACUAACUUCACUGAUACAAGUGAACUCUGCCAGAGUGUAUGUGACGUUGAUAAAUCUAUAUGUGGAGGAGGAGUCUGCAAAAACAGCAAAGACGGUCAUGAAUGUGUGUGCAGCUCAGGAUUCACCAACUAUGGUCACAAACAAAUGAAAUGCACAGAGCAUAAGUGUGACAGAUUAUUAAGUGAGAGCAAAGCAUCUCCGGCAUCACCAGAGCUCACAAAACUCACCUCUUUGAUGAACAGCAGCUGUCUGGUACUGAGUCAGAGCGAAUCUGUCUGGAAUAAUACACAAGUGAAUGGAGAAAAACUUUUGGAGGCAUUUCUGAGUGAUCUAGAUUAUCUGCUUCAUGGUGGCUUCAAUGAUAAUGAUAUAGUCUCAGCAUUGUUUAGGAUUGUGGUAAUCUUACUAAAACUGACCGGACAUCUGCUGUCAGCAAGCCGGACCAGGAAAAUAAGCACUAAAGCUGAUGUGGAGCUGUUAGUAAAGAGGGGCAAUUCUCCUCCUGAGGGUCAUUUCAUGAUGAAUAUCAGUGGAGCACAAUUGACCUCCAACUGGGACACAGCAACAGGAAAUACAUACCUCGGCUUUACAACUGCAGCUCUCCUCAGCUACAAAGGUCUGGAUGAAUCACUCAACUGCUGUUUUAACCAUUUAGAGACACAGCAAAAGCAAACUUUCAAGAUCAAUUCAAAAGUAGUAACUGCCACUUUUAGUAACUAUGAGACAACCAACCUAAAGAAACCAAUAAAGCUCACGUUUUCUCACCUGACGAAAAAGAAUGAGAAGCAUAUGUGUGUGUUUUGGGAUCCUGAACUAGACGGGGGCGCCUGGUCAACACAUGGCUGCACUACAGUGAGAUCCACUGCCGAUCAGACCGUCUGCUCCUGUUAUAAGCUCGGCAGUUUUGCUGUGCUGACGGCUCUCUGUGACACUGGGGAUUGUAGGCCUACUCUUAACUUUUGUCAGCGUGGCAGCAAAUCUUAAACUCGUCAUAGAAGUGAAAAUUCUAAGCCCAAAAGUAGGCGGGGUGAAGUAAAUGAACAGAGCUCUUUUCCAUUCUCAAUAGCUGAGAUGCCCUUGAGCAAGGCAACUAACCCCCAAUUUCAAAUGGCUGCAGCACCACUGCUGUGUGUGAAUGGGAUAAAUGCAGAAGACAAAAUCAGAGUAUUGAAGGAUCUAAGGAUCCUCAAAUGCAAAAUGUGUGUUUUGCUUCAAGAGAGCAUACAUUUGUUGUGUUUUACUUCAUUUAUUUUAUAUUAAUUCAUUCAUUUAUGAUAAUUUAUCAUUUAAUUAUUUUAUUUCAUUUAAAAAUAUAAUCAUUUCUAAUAAUCAUUUAAGCCAUUUAU